GAUAAGAGCCGAAAACGACAUGUAUCAAACUCGCUUGGGAAUAAAGUUUGUCUUAUUAGGUCGACCUUGACUUUAUUUUUAAGAUGUGAUGUUUAGAAGACGAUCUUUCAGAAAUUGAUACUAUGAGGUUCAGUGACUGGAUCAUGUUUCACUUUCGUACUAUUAUAUUUUUUAUGAUUGUUCAUCAUUUUUAUUUUGUGCUGUCUAACAAGGAUACAUAUUACUGUAGAAGAAGACCUAUUGCUGAUAUAGUAUUUGCACUCGAUUCCUCUGCGAGCAUUCAUCGGGAGCAAUUCCUUCAACAAUUGCAAUUUGUUGAGCAAGUAGUUGAUAAGUUUCCAAUAUCAGAAAAUGAAGUGAGAGUCGGUCUUUUAACAUUUAGCUAUCACGUUUAUCCAGCAUUCCAUCUGAAUACGUUUGUUGAUAAAAAAUCAUUAAAACAUGGCAUAAAAAGAGUGUCCUAUGUCGGGGAAGGAACCCACACUGCUGAAGCAAUUGCAUAUGCACGCGACAUAAUGUUUUCCGCACGAAAUGGAGGACGUAAGCUUGCACCAGAUAUUUUAAUCUUGAUAACGGAUGGAAUAUCAGAAAAUAAAACAGCAACAAUUUAUGAGUCAAAAUUAUUAAAACAAGAAGAAGUAAAAACUAUCGUGAUUGGUGUAAGCAGUGGUGUCGACAGAUUUGAACUACAGGCUAUAGCGAGUACACCAUCGUCAAGAUUUGUGUUUAGUGUUGACAACUUUGGAAGUUUGAAAACAAUUAUUGAUGACUUAACGUAUAAAACAUGCAAAGAAUCAAAGCAAGCAGUUACCAAAAAAGACAGAGGAGAAAGGAAACAACUUUUAUCCCGUCUAACUUUUGUUUAUGAUCAGGUUACUACUGCCAACGUUGAUAAAGAGUUACGAAAAAGUAUAGCGCUUAUGGCAAAACAAUUUGAUGUUCACAAAACAAAGAUGGUCUUUUCUUUAUUAAAUCAACCUGAUGUAACAACGCCCCAAAGAAGACACGUGUUCUUAAAUAACCUGCAACCAGGCAUAACAAAAUCUAGCAGACUUCGAAAAUUGCUAAAAUCUUUAUACAAAAGCCUGCUUGCUUUCCCAAGAGGUCAAACACAAACAGUUGUAGUUUUUCUGUAUGGGAAGCAUCUUCAAAACACCAGGAUUUUCGAAGAACUGAAUCGUGUCUCAAGUAUGUCUAAUUUAUACGUAGUAAAACUGUCACGAACAUUUUAUUACAAAGAAAACGAUUUAUGUGCCUUCCAUAGACAUUGUGUUUAUACAGUCGGCAAAAAGGUGUCAAUAAACGAUAUCCUUGGAUCGAUAAAAAAACAAAUUUGUUUGCAAGAAAGGUGCUAGCGGUUCUGUGUCUUUUUGUAUUUUAAACUUGCAUCAAUUCCAAGCAUUCCGGUGUAUAUGUUCCAAAGUCAUUUUUUAUUUGUCAUUUUUUUCUACUUUGUGGUUUUCUAUUAAAUUUUUAUGUAACAA